AUUUUUAUUCUUGUUGAAGGUGCUGGAGAUCAGAACUUAUUUACCUCUAUUUAUCCAACGCUUUCCCAGCAACUUCCGAGAGAGCCGAUGGAAUGGAGAAGGUCCUAUGGCCGGGCUCCAAAGAUGAUUCACCUCGAGUCUAACUUUGUUCAAUUCAAAGAGGAGCUGCUGCCCAAAGAAGGAAACAAAGCCCUGCUCACUUUCCCCUUCCUUCAUAUUUACUGGACGGAGUGCUGUGAUACUGAAGUGUAUAAAGCUGCAGUAAAAGACGACCUUACCAAGUGGCAGAACGUUCUGAAAGCGCAUAGCUCGCUGGACUGGUUAGUAGUGGUAGUUGAAAAUGAUGCCAAGAGGAAAAACAAAACCAACAUCCUUCCUCGAACUUCUAUUGUGGACAAAAUAAGGAGUGACUUUUGUAAUAAACAGAGUGACAGGUGUGUUGUGCUCUCCGACCCCUUGAAGGACUCCUCCCGAACUCAGGAAUCCUGGAAUGCCUUCCUGACCAAACUCAGGACAUUGCUUCUUAUGUCUUUUACCAAGAACCUAGGCAAGUUUGAGGAUGACAUGAGAACCUUGAGGGAGAAGAGGACUGAGCCUGGCUGGAGCUUCUGUGAAUACUUCAUGGUUCAGGAGGAACUUGCCUUUGUUUUUGAGAUGCUGCAGCAGUUUGAAGACGCCCUGGUGCAGUACGAUGAGCUGGACGCCCUGUUUUCUCAGUAUGUUGUCAACUUUGGUGCUGGGGAUGGUGCCAACUGGCUGACUUUUUUCUGCCAGCCGGUGAAGAGCUGGAAUGGACUGAUCCUCCGAAAGCCCAUAGAUAUGGAGAAGCGCGAAUUGAUACAGAGGCAAGAAGCCACCCUGUUAGAUCUGCGCAGUUACCUGUUCUCUCGCCAGUGCACCCUGCUCCUCUUCCUGCAGAGGCCAUGGGAGGUGGCUCAGCGCGCCCUCGAGCUGCUGCACAGCUGUGUGCAGGAGCUGGAGCUCUUGGACGUCUCCGUCCCGCCCGGCGCUCUGGACUGCUGGGUGUUUCUGAGCUGUCUGGAGGUGCUGCAGAGGAUCGAAGGUUGCUGUGACCGGGCACAGAUAGACUCCAACAUUGCCCACACCGUGGGUUUGUGGAGCUACGCCACCGAGAAGCUGAAGUCCUUGGGCUACCUGUGUGGGCUUGUGUCGGAGAAGGGCCCUAACUCAGAAGACCUCAACAGGACAGUGGACCUUCUGGCGGGCUUGGGAGCCGAGCGACCAGAAACAGCCAACACAGCUCAGAGUCCUUAUAAGAAACUCAAAGAAGCAUUGUCAUCAGUAGAAGCUUUUGAAAAACACUACUUAGACUUGUCCCAUGCUACCAUUGAAAUGUAUACGAGCAUCGGGAGGAUUCGAUCUGCUAAGUUCGUUGGAAAGGAUCUGGCAGAGUUUUACAUGAGGAAGAAGUCCCCACAAAAGGCAGAAGUCUAUCUUCAGGGAGCGCUGAAGAAUUACCUGGCUGAGGGCUGGGCCCUGCCUGUCACGCACACGAGGAAGCAGCUAGCCGAAUGUCAGAAACGCCUCGGACAAAUUGAGAACUACCUGCAGACCAGCAGCCUCUUAGCCAGCGACUGUCACCUGACCGAGGAGGAGCGGGAGUCCUUCUGCAGGGAGAUACUCAGCUUUGCCAGCCGGCAGACGGACAGCCCAGGUCACAAGAUAGUACUGCCCCUGCAUUCUUUCGCACACCUGAGAGACCUCCGCUUCACCCCACCCAACGCUGUGGUCCACGUGGGAGGCGUUCUGUCCGUGGAGAUAACUGUGUGCAGUCAGAUGCCUGUCCCCGUCCAGGUGGAGCAGAUCGCCAUCCAUGUCCACUUCAGCAUCGAGAAGAACAACUACCGGAAGACUGCCGAGUGGCUCACCAAGCACAGGGCAGCCGGCGGACUGGUCAGCUUUCCCGCGGAGGCUGCGCCUUGCCCUGCACCGCAGAGCAGCCUGCCCGCGCUGGAGCUGUGUGAGAUGUUCGAGAGAAGCCCUUCUGACAACUCCUUGAACACCACAGGGAUUAUAUGCAAAAAUGUUCACAUGCUCCUGAGGAGGCAGGAGAGCGGGGCUGCUCUGGAAGCAUCCACGGGCGUGGCCCUGGAGGACGGGGCCCACGUGCUGAAGUGCACCAGUGUGACCCUAGAACCAGGGGCCAAUACCAUAACCUUCCAGACGCAGGCCAAGGAGCCCGGGACCUACACGCUGCGGCAGCUGUGCGCCUCGCUGGGCCCCGUGUGCUUCGUGCUCCCGCACAUCCACCCCCCGGUGCAGUACGACGUGUACUCCCAGGAGCCGCAGCUGCGUGUGGAGCCGCUGGCCGAUAGCCUUUUGGCUGGUAUUCCUCAGAAGGUCAAGUUCACUGUCACUACUGGCCAUUAUACUGUAAAAAACGGGGACAGCCUCCAGCUGAGCAACAUAGAAGCCAUGCUCAUCCUGUGUCACGCGGAGAACAGAGCUGUGAUCUAUUCCAACACGAGAGAAAAGGCUUCUGACGCGGCGCUCCGGGUCCAGUCGUCUGACAAGGUCACGAGCAUCAGUCUGCCGGCCGCCCCUGCCUACCACCUGAUCGAGUUCGAACUGGACGUCCUCUCCUUACCUUCAGCUCCAGCAGCCGGAGGGGAGAGUGCUGUGCUGGGGACGACAGAGCCCCACUGGAAGCAUCGGGACACACAGAAGGCCAGCCACAGCAUGGCUACCACGGACCACAGAGUGUCCAUCGAUUGCCCGUGGUCCAUCUACUCCACCGUCAUCGCACUGACGUUCAGCAUGCCCUUCCGGACCACGCACUCCCUGCUGUCGGCUGGUACACGGAAGUAUGUUCAAGUGUGUGUCCAGAACUUGUCCGAACUUGACUUCCAGCUGUCAGAUAGUAAUCUCGUGGCUGCCGGGGACAGCAGUGACCUGCGACUCGUACCGCUGCACACGGACUCCCAGCAGCACGUCCGCAGCGAGCAGGCCGUCUUCUUCGUCUGGGAGCUGAAGUGGACCCGGGAGCCUCCCCCGCCCCUGCACGGCCAGUUCUCCGUUGGAUUCUCGCCGGCAUCCGAGCAGCGGCUGCCUGUCUCCCUAAAGCCCUAUACGUAUGAAUUCCAAGUGGACAGUUUUUUUACGCUGUACAGUGUGACAGCUGAGAUCUCGCCCCCACCGGGGGCUGAGCUCUGUAAGACGGGCGCCCUCUGCUCCUUGGAGGUGACCAUCACACGGCUCGCCGACCUCUUGGAGGUGGACAAGGAUGAGGCGCUGACAGAAUCUGAGGAGUAUUUUUCGACAAAGCUUAUGUACGAAGUCGUGGACAACAGCAGCAACUGGGCCGUGUGCGGGAAGAGCUCCGGCGUCGUCUCCAUGCCCGUGUGUGCUCGGGCCACUCACAGAGUCCACAUGGAGGUGAUGCCCCUCUUCGCGGGCUACCUCCCCCUCCCCGAUGUCAGGCUGUUCAAGUACCUCCCCCAUCACUCUGCGCACUCCUCACAGCUGGAUGCCGACAGCUGGAUAGAAAACGACGGCCUGUCAGUGGACAAGCACGUGGACGAGCAGCUGGACAGCAGCAGCAUCAGGAGCAGGGGCAGUGGGCACUCAGCCGCCAGCAGUGAGCACAAGGGCUUGCCCAUGCCCCGGCUGCAGGCGCUGCCCCCCGGCCAGGUCUUCAACUGCAGCGCGGGCACGCAGGUCCUGGUCGUCCCCAGCAAGGAUGACCAUGUUCUGGAAGUCAGUGUCACAUGACCGCGCCCCGGCUGCACCCCCAGGCUGGCAUGUGUGCGCCUGAGGGGACCCGGCCGGCAGCUGUCUGCCGUGACUUCUAGCUCUACCCAGACUUCCAGGUCCUGCCCGGCAUGGCGGCCGCAGAGAGUGUUCAGUGUUCGGCUGGCCCAUGGAGCCACGUCGUUCUUUUGUGUUGUCUGUGGUGUGGAGUCCUCGCUGUUUUCUCUGCUCCCGACCCCGUGCCCUGCUUCCUCCGGCGUUUGCCAGCGCCCCACUCUGACACCACUCACCCUGCUCGUGGAAGCGCUUUCCAGUGGUCUCUCCCGCCCCCCGGCAGUCUGCCGGUUCUGGGUGGAAGUCCAGGUGUGCGUCAGGUGUGCACACAGCAGGCCUCGCUGUCUCGUUAGUGACCCGUGUGUGUCACACGGCGGCCCGGUGUCUGGACCAGGUGGGUUUGUAAGUCUCCUCAGGGGUAACACACAGCUCUUUACCCCACGUCAUCUGGUUGUGCUUUUCUCCAAUAACACCCCUUCUGGGCAGGUGGGUGGGGCUGGGGUGGGUGGGGCUGAGGGUGGUGGUGGGGAGGGAACAAACCCCUUCUGUGCCUUGGAGGUCAGACUGGGUGGGCCUGGAGCACCCAUUAGCUGGAGCCAUUUCAAAGGUACUGUAGGACAACUGGGCCAGGGCAUGAGAAACAGCGCGGUAUCGAACAAUUUAGGAAGAAAAGUUUCUGGAACCCUUUCUCCCACCCUCACCGUGUUGAUUAGGUAUCACAUGCACUUGGAAUUAAAUGUGUGUUUAUUUAAUUAUCACAUAUGUGGGGGUUAAUACGUUGCGUUGUUUUUCUCUCACCUUUAAAGCCUUUACAUGUAAUUGUAACUGUAUAAUCUAUUUUUCUUUUGUACCUUAAGUCUCAGAAAUUAAGAGGUUCCACUUAAAUGAAGAUUCGGGGUCUCUCAGUGUACUUCUAGUCUGGUUGUAGGAAGGAUGAAAGUCUGGGACUACUCUCUGCUGUCCGCUAAAUCGCAGUCAUACCAAUGGAUUAACUUGCUUUAGGUUGUAAAUUUAAUUGUACAUAAAGUUGAUUUAUUAUUUUUAAAAGUACAAACUAACUGAUGUAAUGUUUAUGUAUAAGUUGCACCAAAAAUCAAGGACAAAAUAAAUGUGUGUGUUUCUAUUGGUGUGAAAGUCACAGCUUGUAAAUAAAUGUUGUGUGUAUUAACCCUUUUCCAGCUCUCCAAAGCGAGGUAUUUUUGUACAUAUGAAAAAGAGAACUCUUAAUUCACUGGGGAAGAGUGGUUGGAGUUGAACUUGACCAGAUUAAGUGAGUGAGUGUAGUCAGGUCGAGUGGAGGAUGGGGCGUCCUGUGAAUAACCUCAAGUGUGUGAGCCUUAGAGAAAAGGAGCCUUCUGCAGCUGCCACCAUCCCUGCCUGCAGUGGUGGGCGGUGAGAAGGCACAGGUCAAGAUGGGUGCAGAGCACAGCAGUGGAGUCUUCUCUUCUGAUGUGGUCUCCUAGCUCAUUUAACGAAUAAAGGUGGUGAAUCCCCCUCCGUGUCCUUCACUUGUAGAAACUGGAGACGUGUACAAAGAAGAUAGUACUUGUGCGUCUCAUUAAACCUUUCAGAAACGUUCUUUCCUUAUGUGCAGUUUAAAACCAGUAAACUUGGUCAGCUGGUUAGGCAAACUAGAACUUCAGCAUCUAACGAUAGUUUAGGGUUUCUAAAGUAAAUUGGCUUUAUUGUAAAAAUUGAUUGCCCUACAGGUCUGCUACGCCCCAUGUGUGAAGAGACCUUUGAGAUUUGUCAGAAAAGCGUCUACCGCAUAUCGAGCCUCGGAGCCCCUCCUCCGCGUAUAACGAGCUUCCUAGCUCACCUGGAAGGGGGGCAUGAUCACUGGUUAGGUUACCCUAUUUCUGUUGGACUUCUGUGCUGGGUUCCAAUUCCGGGAUGAAAUUCUCUUAACUACAUACCUAUUCAGAAGGGAAAAAAAUGAAGGAGAAAUCCAAAAUGUUUAUGGUGGUUUCUUAUGUCUGGAAAUUGAAUGAAAUCAAAAUGAUCAGAGGUUUGGAUUUUUUCCCCCUAAUUACCCAAAAGAUCUUUUGCAAUCUUAAAUUACAUGGGCUCCUCGGGGUUUUUGUUUGUUUUGUUUUGUUUUGUUUUUUAACACCAGUGAAUAAUGUCAUCUAAAAUUUCUUUUUUUUUUUUAAACUAAAAGGCUGUAGUUGGAUUUGUUGUGUUUAAAAUAAAGUAGGGCUUACGGGUUUGAGACAAGCUGGUUUUACUGGUAAAGGUGUAGCAGCUGUUAAGUAACUGUGAAGCCAGAUACAGACUGUGCAUCUAAAAAACAGAAUAUGCAGCCAGUUUACAAAUAUCUGUGGGACAUGUAAAUACUAGCAAAUGAAAAAGAAAAGUUAUAAUUUUGGUGAAUUUCACGGGGCCUCCUGUGUUGGAAAAAUUAUAACUCUUCUGAUUCUAAUGUGGAAAUUGUGGUAUUUAAUCUGAAAAUGACUUCUACCUGCAGUUCCAUUGUAGUGGGCCAAAUUCCUGUGUUAGUCCCUGCUGAUGAGGCUAGACACCCUGUAAGAGCAGAGAAGAAACACACACAGGCUUCUACUCAGCUUUUCUUUAGUGUUUAAAAUAAGUUUGUGUUACAAAAUGAAAUUAAACACUCCAGGUAUGUAUAUACAAUGAAAACUUAUACUACUUUUUUAAAUAAAAGAUCAAACUAGACUGAGCUAAAUGUUUUAUUGUCAGCUGUGAUCUUUAAAAUAAAUCCUAUGUGGUUUUAAAAUCUGAUUUUUCAUGAAAAUGCCCCUUUCUCUAAAUUUAUUCAUCCUGUAUGUCAGGCUAUAAAACCCGAAGGCAUUGUUAAUACCGUUUGCUGGGAUUCUGUGGCUGGAAAAGGUGACAAGUUGGUGACUUUGAUACUGCAGGUAUUAAUUCCAUUUUCAUGGUUUACUAUGAAAGUCAUUUUUCACGUUAUUCUGUAAUAUAUUGUUAGACUAAAACCAUUGUAUUAAGACUUUAAAAUGUAAGCAUUAUAAUUCUGAAAAUACACAUUUUAAGAAGAAA